CGAGAUUGCAUUUCCAGCCACAUUCAUGCACGGCCAGUGCCCGGACGGAGUACACGCAGGAUCCUCUCUGGCUGGACUCGGUUUUUGAGUAGAAUGGCCUUACUGUUGCAUUUGCUGCUCCACUGCACCACCACCCUGCUGAUUGCCAACGCCCUCGUGCUCACCGGAGAUGAGGCCAAGUCCAAGGGGGGAUUCCCUAUUCCACUGGGCGACGAUGUAGAUGGCGUGGAGUUGCCAUUGGAGGUGGAGCAGGAGGUGGUUGCCAGCAGCCAGCACUCGAUGCCACCGGCCUGGCUUUUUGAUGCUCCACCGGCGCCCCCACCGCCACCACCCUCGUCCUCAAAGCACCGGAGUGGCAACCACAAGACCAUCUUAAAGCAUCCGGCCAGCACUAAUGGAUUCCACAAGCUUUCCUCCCACGGACACCGAUCCUGCUCCGUGGAGAUCGUCAACCAAGUGCCGGGCAUCUGCCAAUCAAUGCCCAUGGGCAGUGCCUGCGUCACCGACGACUACAUGGUCAUCUACACCGAUGCCAACUGUUCUGCCCAGUAGAGGGUUCACUCCAUUUCGGAUUGAUUGAUUGACGGAUUGAUUGACAGAUUGAUUGUCUGUGGGGUAUGUGUGUGUGUGAGAGCGUGGACCCUGGAGGAGCCCAAGUACGACUACCUGAUGUCCUGUGCCGCCAAAACUGUAUAAAUAAAAUAAUUGCAUACAAUGUUA